ACCUGCCCCGCCUCCCGGACCGGGGCCGGCUCGCGCGGCGCAGGCGCAGCAACGCGGCCGCGAGGCCGAGGGCGACCAAGGCAACCUCGGCCUCCACCUUCUCUGACAGUAUCCGCGCUGGGCAGUGACCCCGCGGGCCGCGCGUCGUAAUGGGCUCGGGCUGGAGCAGCGAGGAGGAGCGGCAACCGCUGCUGGGACCCGGGCUCGGGCCUGCGCCGGGGGCUGCUUGGAGAAGCAGGGGGGAGGCGGCGGCGGCGGCGGCGGCGCUGCCCGCGGCAGCCCCGAGUCCCGGGAGGGUGUACGGGCGACGCUGGCUCGUGCUGCUGCUCUUUUCGCUGCUGGGGUUCGUGCAGGGCCUGGUCUGGAACACCUGGGGCCCCAUCCAGAACUCGGCGCGCCAGGCCUACGGCUUCUCUAGCUGGGACAUCGCGCUCCUCGUGCUCUGGGGGCCCAUCGGCUUCAUGCCCUGCUUCGCGUUCAUGUGGCUCCUGGACAAGAGAGGUCUUCGGAUAACUGUGCUUCUGACAUCUUUCCUUAUGGUUUUGGGAACUGGUCUAAGAUGCAUACCUAUAUCAGACUUAGUGCUUAAAAGAAGACUAAUCCAUGCAGGACAGCUGUUAAAUGGAUUGGCAGGUCCGACUGUAAUGAACGCAGCUCCAUUCCUCUCCACAACGUGGUUCUCUGCAGACGAGCGGGCCACUGCCACAGCUAUUGCAUCAAUGCUCAGUUAUCUUGGGGGAGCAUGUGCAUUUUUAGUUGGACCACUUGUUGUUCCAGCUCCCAAUGGGACGGCGCCUCUUCUUGCUUCAGAGAAUAGCAGGGCCCACAUUAAAGAUCGCAUAGAGACUGUAUUAUAUGCAGAGUUUGGAGUUGUCUGCUUACUAUUUUCUGCAACUCUAGCUUAUUUCCCACCACGACCUCCUCUUCCUCCCAGUGUUGCUGCAGCUAGCCAGCGGCUGAGUUAUCGGCGGAGCUUUUGUAGAUUAUUAAGCAAUUUGAGAUUUUUGAUGAUUGCUUUAGCAUAUGCCAUACCACUUGGUGUAUUUGCUGGCUGGUCUGGAGUUCUGGACUUAAUUUUAACACCAGUGCAUGUCAGCCAAGUAGAUGCUGGCUGGAUUGGAUUUUGGUCCAUAGUUGGAGGCUGUGUUGUUGGAAUAGCUAUGGCAAGGUUUGCAGAUUUUAUCAGGGGUAUGCUGAAACUAAUUCUUCUCCUCCUGUUUUCUGGGGCUACACUGUCAUCCACGUGGUUCACCCUGACCUGUUUGAACAGCAUCACACACCUGCCUUUAACCACAGUGACAUUGUAUGCCUCCUGUAUUCUCCUGGGAGUGUUCCUGAAUAGCAGUAUACCUAUAUUUUUUGAGCUUUUUGUGGAAACUGUCUACCCAGUUCCAGAAGGAAUUACUUGUGGAGUUGUCACUUUUUUAAGUAAUAUGUUCAUGGGAGUACUUUUGUUUUUUCUCACAUUUUAUCACACAGAGUUGUCUUGGUUCAACUGGUGCCUUCCCGGGUCGUGUUUGCUCAGUCUCCUCCUUAUUCUGUGCUUCAGGGAAUCCUAUGACAGACUCUAUCUUGAUGUGGUUGUCUCAGUUUAAUAGCACAGACUUGAAGGAGUGUUUAAAAAGAGACUGGAAAUCAAUACUGCAUACUGCACAUUUGCUUGGAAUUGCACAUCUAACAGGAAAAAAAAAAGGAGAAGAGAGAAACUUCAUUCAGAGGUUUUGUUAGGUUACAGAUGAUCACAUUAAUUUAAUUACUGCUAGGUAAUAAUAAUGUGGAACUUGAGUGAUAAUAGUGUAUUUAAAAACUGUAUCAAUGGCAUACGUGUGCCUGAGUCUGGGGUUAGAAGUGUGAUGUCUUACACAGAAAGCACUACCUAGGUAAUUCCCUCUAUGUUUUGUGCCAGUGCUAAACUACUGAUUAAUUGUAACUAUGAAAAGAAAUGAAGGGUGUCUAUUACAUGAAGAUAACUCCUUCCCUAAGCCACAUAUCAGAAAAGGAAGAAAUGCCACUAACUUCUAAAGAAGUUUAAACCCUAUAUCAGAUUUUAAUUAUAAAAUAGCCAAGAGGUGUAUCAAUGAUAGAUAUUAGCCACCUGUACACUACAUUUUUUUCUAAUAAAGCCAUUUCUUAUAUGACUCCUUAUUUCUAAUUAGCUCGGAAACCUUUGGCCACCUUAAUUAUGGUGAUCAAGUGCUUUCCAGUGACCGCAGAGCACAUACUUUGUGUCUCGAUCUUAACUUAUCCUUGUUUCUGUGAAAUACAAUUUCAUCUGCUAGGCUCUUAAAUGAUUAUAUUAAAUGUGACUAAAUGUUUAAUACAGUCGCAUUAAAUGCUGUAUGAAAAAUGUAAUUUUGUUCCGAUUUAGCACUUUGUUAAAAGUGAAAUGACAGAUCCCAUAGAACAUCCUGUGUCUUCGGGCAGAUAUAUAUGUGGUGGCAUGGGAUGGAAAAUCCAGCACCAGCUGUUGCUUACCAAGGUUGCAUUUUAUUAAAUGACCCUUGUUUGAAAAUAACAAUUUAUAGCAUUGAAACUUUCAGAUCUGUUGAGUGAUUUCUGAAUUACUUUCUUGUAUCGCAAUUCAGGUUAUAAAAUAUUCAGUUCUAUAUAGAGUGUAUAUUUGAGAGGGCAGUAUCUUGCCGAUACCUGCCUUCCUUCUGUGGAUGACAGCUUUUUCAAAAAUAAUACCCACUGGACAGCUCUCAGACGUGUAUUUCACUAUGACAUAAAGUAUGCUCUGGUGGGGUUAUGAUAGUACCACUAUUCAGAUUUACAUAAUUCCCCUCAUGCUGGAAAAUCAAACACUUUUCUCAAAAAGUGAAGAAUGAUGUUUUAUCUUCAUUGUUCUCAGCUUCCUCCAACCCCCUCUCUCCUUUCUUACUCACUUGAAAUUGUAUCUUCAUUGUCAGCUAAAUAUAUAUUUUAUUUGUCUUCUUCUGGACAGCAGAGUGUAAGGCAGCUCCUUCUAUUAGCCAAGGUGGUGAAGUAUGGUUAAGGGGACCUGGUCAGCACUUAAUUGACUCAUCUCCACCACAUUCGCACACACCAUCACACACAGUCCCAGAUACCCCUCCUUUCCCCCUUGGUAAGUUGAAGGCUAUGCUUUUACUAACCUCGGUCCUAGAGGAGGAUGCUAUUACCGUCUGGCCUUCUAAGAUCCGAAAUUGUGCAACCUGGAAAGUAAGAAAACCCUCAAAUUUAACAUCUGUCUUCAGUCACCUUUAGACCAUCCCCCUUUAGAACCACCCUGCUAAUAACUUAGCAGCCAGAACUGAAAGAACUGAGGAACUUGCUAAAGAGAAGAAGAAAACCUGUGAAAGCUAGGCUUAGUUCCUGUUAACUCUGUCGUUCUUCUCAAAUAAAAAUAAAAGGAAAGCAAAGCAGAAUUCUUAAGGAUAAUUGAAAGCCAGCCAGUCCAGGUAUCAAUAGUCCAUGACCCAGGUGCUAAAAUAACCACCACCCCUUCCUGUUUAGAAUGAGUCUAGAAAGGUGAGGGAAGAAUUAUGAUGCAUUUGGUUUUAGUCAGAACUGUUGUGUUUGAGGACACUCCUAUAUAAAAUUUUGCUAUAAGACUUCUCAUACAGAGCAUUUUAAUUAUGGUUAAUUCAACUUUUAACACAUAGUGAAAAUAACAUUAAAAAAUGUUACCUAAAUGACUGAUUAGUUCAAAGACAGACCAAAUGGGUAGUGAUUUUAAAUUCUUGUGUUGUACCAGGCACCAACCACUGUUUUUAGCAUACGUGAGAUGAGAUGAGUUGAGAUGAGAGGUGUCCAUUUGUCUCACUUACAUCCGCUUAACCCCUCCAGCAGAUAAUUGUUCUAAUCACAAGCUGCAGCUGUUUUAAAUGAUCAAGAUUUCAUGUACCAAACCUGAUAGAAAGAGAACCAAAAUCUUCUAGGGGCAGGGGGAGGAUUACACAUUAUUUACCUACCUGUAUAUGUCAUAAAUUUUUUUUUUACUUUUGUAUUUCUCACAUGCAUCAAAAGACCAGCCAUAAUCUUUGCACUCUAUAAACAAACAUUAAAGAGUCCUAAUGAAUUUUAUAAUUGAAAAAAAUCUUAACCCUCUACUAGUCCAAGCACUCAUUUUAGAAUUUAUAGGAACAGCCCCAGAGAGGUAAAGGAUCUUGCCAAAGGUCACAAUCCUAGUUAAUGACAAAAGUAAAAUUAACUAAAACCCACAUCUUCUGACUCCCAAAGCAGUCUUUUUUUCUCUACCUCAGAGAAUUGCAGCUUAAUUUGGACAUUUUGGGGUGUUCGUGAAUACUCUUUCAUGUUCAAAAACGAUGGGGCUAAAGAGUAAGAUACUGUUAAAAUUAGGUGAUUGCUUGAUUUCUAAGUAAAAUCUGUCUUUUUUUCUUCAUCGCUAUCCCGUUGGUGCUCUAACAUCUCUAAGUCUUAGCUUGCAGUGAGUGACGCGAUCUGAAAAGUUUCUGAUGAAUAAUUCAGUCCUCAUAAACCAAGUCAACAGCAUUAUUAAUUGGUAAGGACAUGUUAUAGUGUAAGUUCCCUGUGGCUUAUCAGUGAAUAUUUCACAGUUAUGGGAAGAAGCAUUUCUUAAUAUGGUCCCUGGUGGAGAUAUAGAACAGAUAAUUACAUACACAAAUGCAUUUCACUGGAGGGUAGAGCUCAUAAAAUAACAAGAGGGAGUCAAGCACCAUUUUGUAUAUUUAAGCAUAUAUGGCCUAAGGGCCAUGUUUUAUCAUAGAUCAUACGUUCAUGUUUAAUUAUUGAGAAUGUUUACAGCUUGCCUUUCUAAUGAGGGAUUCAAGUGAAGAGAUUUUAAAUUGAGAUUAAAU